AUGGCCAACCACCCACUGCUCCACAGACAGUACUACACCACAGAGAAGCUCAAAGCCAUGAGCAAACUCAUGCUCAAGGAGCCAACUCACUUUGAUGCAGAUGCGGCUCUGAUCCAGGAGGACAUGGAGGGCGACAGAGUGGUACUAUUCAGUCAGUUCACCAUGAUGCUGGACAUCGUGGAAGUGAUGCUGAAACAUCACAAGCAUCGUUACAUCCGACUGGAUGGAUCUACACCCAUAGCCGACAGGAUUGUGUUGAUUGAUGAGUUCAACACGGACCCUGAAAUAUUUAUUUUCCUGUUGUCAACUCGUGCUGGUGGCCUGGGCAUCAACCUCACGUCAGCUAAUGUCGUUAUUCUACAUGACAUCGACUGCAACCCCUACAAUGACAAGCAGGCAGACGACAGGUGUCACCGUGUGGGACAGACCAGGAUUGUGAAGGUGAUUAGGCUGAUCAGUAAGGGCAGCAUAGAGGACUGCAUACUGCAGCUGGGACAGAGGAAAUUAAAGCUGGAGCAGGACAUGACUGCUGCUGAUCAGGGUCAGGACUCACAAGCACCUGGACAUGCAUACCUUUUCUCAAAUGCAUGA